AUGCCCGGACUGAGGGAUUUUCCGGGAAUUUUGGGAAUUUCGGGGCUUUUGCUCCGACCCGACCGCGGAGCGCGUCCCUGCGGCGCCCCCUGGCGGCCGCGCUGCGGAACAGCCGCGACCCCCGGGACCAUCGGGAACACCGGGAACAGCGGGAACAGCGGGAACACUGAGAACACUGGGAACACCGGGAACACCGGGAACACUGAGAACACUGAGAACACUGGGAACAGCGGGAACACCGGGAACACUGAGAACACCGGGAACACUGCGAACAGCGGGAACAGCGGGAACACCGGGAACAGCGGGAACACCGGGAACACUGAGAACACCAGGAACAACGGGAACACCGAGAACACUGAGAACACUGAGAACAGUGGGAACAGCGGGAACACCGGGAACAGCGGGAACACUGAGAACACCGAGAACACUGAGAACAGUGGGAACAGCGGGAACACCGGGAACAGUGGGAACACUGAGAACACCGAGAACACCGGGAACACUGAGAACAGUGGGAACAGCGGGAACACUGAGAACACUGAGAACACCAGGAACAGUGGGAACAGUGGGAACAGUGGGAACACCGGAACUGCUGAGAACACCGAGAACACUGGGAACACCCCAAACACCAGGAACAGUGGGAACAACGAGAACACCGAGAACACCGGGACCGCUGAGAACACCGAGAACACUGGGAACACCAGGACGACCGAGAACAGUGGGAACAGUGGGAACAACGAGAACACCGAGAACACCAGGACCGCCAAGAACACUGGGACCACUGGGACAGCUGAGAACACUGAGAACAGCGGAACCACCGGGACCCCUGAGAACACUGAGACCACUGGGAUCCCCAGGUCCACCAGGACCACUGGGACCCCAGAGAACAUCGAGACACCCAUGGCCUCCUGA